AUCCCGUGAAUCUCCCUAGCUUCUACCCUCUCGACCUUGGCUCUGACGGCAUUCUAGUCAGGACUCAGGAUCAAAAACUGGAGAAGGAGAAGGAUAGUAGCCGACCGUAAGAGCUUAGUACGUAGAGAACUUGCGGGUGUCGUAUUAGCUAGAUUGAUGAUAACAUGCGACGGAAGGGUCCUGAUUAGUAGCGCCGUUUGACCUGCUGGUUGUUACUUACCGUCGUAGUUGAUAGCCUCUCAGCCUCUUAGACGAAUUAUACUAGGUUGAUGCAUAAAAGGAAAGCGUGGCUCCAGUGAAAGGACAUAUUUCGCCAGCGCUUCGCGGUCAAGUCUAUCUUCCUUAUUAUUCAGUUUGAAUGGAUAACGUUCAGUCGGCCGUCGGCAACGUCACGUCAUGGUUUCGCAGGGCUGUAGCAGGCGGUUCGGACGAGCCUAAUCGCCGCAGCGGAUCAACGCAAUCCAUACACCAAGCACCCCCAGCCAUGGCCCAUCACCACUCUGCACCGCAUCAAGCGCAGCAGACGGAGCAGCAGUUGAGGGACGAGGAGCAGCGGCAGCUGGAAGAAGCACUCAGGCGCUCCCUGCAGGAGCAGCAGCAGGUGCCGAGCCAUCAGCAACGGGUACCGAUCCACCACCAGCAGGUGCCGAACCACCAGCAGCAAGUUCCGAACCACUGGCAGGUUCCGAGCCAGCAGCAGCAAGGGGGUUGGCCCCCAGGAAGGAGCAGCCAGCCGGGGCAGCAGGGCGCAGGAUGGGGGGAGAACACCGCGAGCGGGGAGGCAGUGGGGCGGGGCGGAGAGGGGGAGGAGGAGGACAGGGCGCUUCAACUGGCGCUGGAGAUAUCAAGAAGAGAGGCGGAGGAGGCAUCUCAAGCUCUCAAGGCAGCCCAGGACACAGACGCAACAGCAGCAGCAGCAGCAACACCGGCAGCGGCAGCAGUGGCAGCAGCAGCAGCGCAGCGAGAAGCAAUGAAUCGGCACUGGUCAGCAGCAGCCGCAGCUGGUGCCGAGCCUUCGAGGCAUGGGGGCGUGGGUGGAGUGGGUCCGGGCAGAGUGGGCGUGGGUGGAGGUGUUGAGGCGGCAGUAGACACGAGCAACGACGAGGAGAUUGCACGGCUGCUGCAGCAGGAGCUGAACCUGGAGGAGGGCAGUCACUCACACACGUCGGAGCCUCCCAGCUAUCGCCCUUGGGCCCAAGCUCCUCAAGGCAGCGGCAAUGGCAGCAGCAGCACCAACAACAGCGGUCGCAGCGGCGCUGCUGCUGCACCCGCUGGCAGCAGCGGUGGUGCAGGCAGCUCAGGAGGAGGGCGACCGGGCUUUGGAGGGGUUUUCUCAUCGCUGCUGCCCUCUGUGUGUGCGGGGUGCAGUGCGCCCCUUGGCUUCUCCACUGCGCUGUCGUCCAUGGGGGCGUUGUGGCACCCGCACUGCUUCAAGUGCCACGGCUGCCAGCAAAUCAUCGCAGAGAAGCAGUUCAACAUCAAGGACGGCCGCCCCUACCAUGCGGCGUGCCAUCGCAACCUCUUCCACCCCAAGUGCGCCGUCUGCCAGGAUUUUAUCCGCCCCGACGACAUGGGCAUGAUCCAAUUCCGCUCGCACCCCUUCUGGGGCGACAGGUGGUGCCCCGCCCACAUGGCCGAUGCCACCCCCUCCUGCACCUCUUGCUGCCGCCUGCAGUCUCGCGCUUCUCCGCCCUUCAUUGACUUGCCAGACGGGCGGCAUCUCUGUCUUGACUGCGUUGAUUCUGCUGUGCUUGAUUCAGCAGACUGCCGCCCGCUCUUUUCGUCCGUUAGUGCCUUCUUUGCUCAGCUGGGCAUGGCAGUGAAGCAGCAGAUACCGGUGCUGGCAGUGGAGCAGCAGGCACUGAAUGACGCACAGAGGGCAGAGAGGGAGGGCCACGAGCACGGGUCGCUCACUCGAGGCCUGUGUCUGUCUGAGGAGCAGACCAUCCAAAUGGUGGUGCGCCUCCCCGGCUCUCUCGCGCACGCCUCGCCCUUUGCGUCCAUGGGCCAGCAGACCACCACGGUGUCGCGCCACUGUGCUGUCACCGCCAUCCUCGUGCUCUAUGGGCUGCCCAGGGCACUGACAGCAUCCAUCCUGGCGCACGAGCUCAUGCACGCGUGGUUCAAGCUCGACGGCGGGUUCCGCCACCUGCCCAGCGAGUUGGAGGAGGGCAUGUGCCAGGUCAUGGCGUACCUGUGGCUGCAGACCCAAGCCGCACCCAACCAAGCCCCAUCCCAGGCCUCAUCCCAUCAUGCUCCCGCACUCUCCAAUGCCGCGGGGGCUUCUGACGCUCUCACCGCUCGUGACGCGCACAGCAGCUUCCAGCAGCGCUUCGUGGACUUCUGCCUGCACUCCAUCUCCACGGAUGCCUCCCCGGUGUACGGCGAUGGGUUCAGAGCUGCCCAUGCUGCCGUGCUGAAGCACGGGCUGCUGCCCACUCUGGAGCACAUUCGCAUGCAUCGCACCCUGCCCAGAGUGUAGGUGGGUAUGGCGUGCUUGCUGUGUGUGGUGUGGGCUCAUCCCUUCAUGUCCACUGGUGCAUCCCCGGUGUGUGGCGAUGGGUUCAGUUCACACAGAGCUGCCCAUGCUGUUGUGCUCAGGCACGGGCUGUUGCCUACUCUCAAGCACAUGUGCAGUGCACCACAGAGCACUGCCUAGAGUGUAGAUAAGGCAUGAUUGUUUGCUCUUGCUGGCCUUGAUCAUGUGGUGACUGCAUUGACUGCACUGGCUGCUGCCAACUCUGGAGCACAUUAGCUCGCACAAUGACCUGCACAGGCUAGAGAGCAAGCAAUGUGGCUCUUGCUUCCACUGAUUAUGUAGUGCGUGGUGCCCAGUGCCCAGUGCCCUGGCGUAGAUACAUGCGUGUGCUGUACGGUAUUGUAUCCUUAUGUUUUCACACAAUGUACAGUAGUUGAAUUUGUCUUGGGAAUGGAAACCAGGUAGUCUUG